AUGCGACACUCUCUUGUGGAUCAUGCUCUUUCAAUGAUAGAGAAUGUUCCUUUAAUUCAUCUAUCAAAAGCUUUCUCUACAGCUCGCUACCUGGAAAGUGGGUCGAUCAUUACUUUUGAAGUUGGAACUCAACAAACCUCCAUCACCAAGGCCGGAUUUAGCCAGUUGCUAGGGUUUCCUGCUUCUAGGGAUUUGAUCGAUCCUGAAUCUAUCUCCUCUUCUUCCAUAUUGGAGAUGUUCUUCCAGAAGGGUUAUCUGGAAAAUCUUGCUAUCUUAUCUAAGUUCAAGAAGCCCAAUCUUCCUCCCAUGUGGAAUGGGAUAUUUAACCUGAUUUUUAAAAGCUUCUCAGAGAGGGUAACGGGUUUUGACAGUGCCAAUAAGCUCUUCCUCGCCAUUCUUUACAGGAUAUUCUAG